AUGGGCUCGAGCUCGUCCAAGCCAGCGGCUACCGCUCCCCAGACCUGGAAGGCCCCCGGCUCAGCAGGCCUCUCCACCGAGCUCGUCCAGCACCUCCAUUCCUCCCCCGAGACCGACGCCUCCCGCCUCCAGGCCAUCGAGCUCGAGAUCCAAGCCCGCGUCGCCGCCGAGCUCAAGCGUCUCCGCGACCAAGAAUCUGAAGCCCUCCGCGCCGCCCAGGCCAAGCUUGCCGAGUCGACUGACGACAAGACCGCCGACGACAACUCCAAGACUUCGUAUACUGUCUCCAAAGAAGUGCAAGCUCUCCAGAAGAAGCUUGAGGAGCGCAAGAGGAUCCGGUCCCAGCUGCCGGAGAGCCUGGAGAAUGCUCGGUCUGGGGUGGUGAGGUGCUUGAGGGAGAAUGACAGGCGGCCGUUGGACUGCUGGAGGGAGGUGGAGGCUUUUAAGGAGGAGGUGAGGAGGGUGGAGAAGGGGUGGGUUGAGAAGGUUGUUAGUUAG